CGGGCAGACCCCGCCCCUGCCGGCGCCGCGGGGCCGCCGUGGCAACCGCGGGGCGGCAAGAUGGCGGACGAUCUAGAUCGGCUGCUGGACGAGGUGGAGAGGCGGCUGUGGCACCGGCACGGCGGCGGCGAGGAGGAGCCCGCGGCGGCCAAGGGCAGAUCAGCUAAAGUGUUACUGAGUGCUGGCAGCAGUGAAGAAGAUCUAGACAACAUUAUUGAUGAAAUCUGUAAUGACAGCAGCUUUACCAAAACACCUCCGAAAUUGAAGUCUAAUUCUGCAAGUCUCACACCUGAAAGAAAUAGUGUUGUUGUACAGGCACAUGGGAAAAGAUGCUGUCCAGUGUACUUGGGUGGAAGCCUUUCACCAUCUGGGAUAGGAACAAAUAUUUCAAAAAGAACGUGUGAUCAUCUACGUUGUACUGCUUGUGACUUCCGUGUGUCACUUUUCAAUGACUACGUCUGGGAUCAGUCCUGUGAUUAUCUUUUUUUCAGGAAUAACAUGCCUGAGCUCAGUAAACUAAGAGCAAAGAUGAUAAAGAAGAAAGGAGCACGUGCAUAUGCUUGUCAGUGCAGCUGGAGAUCCAUUGAAGAAUUAACUGACCUCCAAACAGAGCAGCAGCUUCGAACCUGCACAGGCCCAGCAGUGUGCCUGGGAAGUCUGGCAGUGCUUCUUCAGUGCACCAGACUGCUCCUUCCAGUGCCCACGCAGCCUUGCUGUAGAGUCAGAGUUACAUGUUACAAACCACUCCAAAGUCCUUGGAUGAAAAGAAUGCAAAGAAAGCCCGUCGCAUUAGUCUGCAGCAGAUCCCUCAAAAAAACAAAAGCAAUGAAGGAUGACAAAAUCAGAUUCCAUCAAAUUUUAAUAUGCUGCUCUGACUUAUCUUUCACUUGUUUUACCUGCAAACUAUGGAGGGUGAAUAUAACUCAGAAGAGUCAUUAUUAAGAAUCAACCUGCCAUUAAAGUUAACUUACAGAAGCAUAAUAACAUUACAUAUUGCAAGCUCUGCAUUGUAUUAUAUCAAAUAAAGAUUUUUUUUGUCCAAACACCUAUUUUAGUUUUGUACUGAAGAUAUUCUGUGAAUGCUGACAUUUGCUGAAAGACUGCCACUUCUCUUGUUUCCUGACAUGUGAGUCUUUGGGUCAUGUAACCAGCACAUGUGGUAGUCACACAAUGCAAGAAAUGCUGUGUUGGGAGCUGCGUACACAAUUUUUUCUUCCUGCCAGGCUCUUUUUUCAAAAGACCUGACAUUGUCUGUGGUGUGACACCUGAUAACUGCAGGCAAGUGGAGUAAAGGAGCACCAGGUGCUGCUCAUUUGUGAGGGCCACAUCUGAUGCCUAAGGUUUGGCAUGUGUGGUUUGAGAAAGUUUUUCAAAUGUCAGCACUUAAUAAAAUGAAAAGUUGGAACUAA